AUGUCUCUUGUUUCUUUGGAUUCAAUCUUCAGCUUCAGUUUUGAAGAAAUUUGCGAAAAUGAUAUAACUGAUGAUAAAGAUAAAACUCUUGCUUUAAUAGAAAAACCUCUAAAUAUAUCAUUUCAAAAUAUAUUUCCAGCACAGAAUUACAACAAAAACAUUACAAAAAAAAAAACAGUAUUCUGCAGUAUUAAAACCAACACAAAUAAAGGAACAACUAGAGGUUUGAUCAUACCGAAGCAAGGGGCCGCGCUAGCCGAGUUGUGCCAGACUGUGUGGGUUCAAUGGACGAGCUCCAUAAGGCUUUUGACUUUCAGGUUGUGGUUCAAACUACUGAUAACUUUCUCCUUCUUAAGCAUAACAAUGGCCAAUACAAGAAUGUGCAAAUGUUGGGAUGGAUACAGAGUUGACUUUGGUAAAAACGGUCCGCAAUGUGUAGCCAUGAAUCAGUAUCAUAUAAUGCCAUGCAACAUGAUCAAAUCUCCAAAAUGUAAAUGUUCCGGAGUUGUAAGCAACAUUUUAAAGGAUCGAACAGGUACAUGGUGCACAAGAUACAAUAGAGGCAAAGAACUGAAGAGAUGGCCUUGCGAAAAUAUUGAGGAAUGGGAUGAUUUUUUUAGAAAACAUCCAGAUUUUAUUUAGAAAUAUAUCUCGGGAACAGUAGCUACAUAUCUAUCUUCAGUAUAAACGUUCAUUAUUUAUUAUUUAACUAUAUUUUAUUAUUUC